AUGAUGAGCAGGCGGCCAGGGAAAGUGCCCUUAUAGUUUCUGCCGCAUGAGGCCUAGAGUCUUCCCCAGCCCAAGCUGACCGACCUGUGGCUUGUCCACUUCUGCUUCUUGGGUGACUGCUUUGGCCUGAUUGAUAAUGCGAUCUGGCAGAGGCUGGUGGUGUUGGCCGACUACAAAUAUGCUGUGAAGGACCAUGGUAUGUUUACAUAUGUAAAAUCACAUCCUGAGGAUUUUCCUGAAAAAGAUAAGAAAACUUAUGGUGAAUUUCUUGAAGAAUUCCAUCAGUGCAUUGAAGUCUUUAAAAUGCAUACUUUGGUUUCACUGAUGCCAGUGGUUUCUGAAUUUUGUGGAACAUGUUUCCAUGAUAUUUGAAGUUUAUGUUAAUCUGU